GGCUACAUAAUAGAUUCACAGAUGUCACACCUUUCCAUCUCUAAUGAGCAAGACAGACAAGAUAUGAUCUUUCCUCUUAAAUAGGAACUUGUUUCCCAUAAUGAAAACAUUAACAAUAAUUGCCAAUUGAGGCCCUAAAUGAGAAUUGAAGUCAUUUAUUUUAUUAGCUAGUAUGAACCAUUUUGGAGUGAAAUUACAUUCGGUUUUUUUAUAGGGAAGACAACCCUCUCUGGGGAAGACUUUGUAGGUGUGACUUCCGGAAAAUGUUCCGUCCUCAAUGUUCCGGUGAAACGCAGCGUUUUACUUCCGGUCGUUCCUGUCACAUGAAGCUAGUUCUCUGCUGGUAGACAUGCACUGAUUAAAAACACACACAAAAAAACUAUGACUUCGUCUGUUAACGGAAGAGUAUUGGAUGAAGAUAUGGACAAUCAAAUUGUACAGGCAAGACAGUUAAGAACAAAUGAUUAUUGACAAUCACGGCCUACACCGGCCGAACCCGGAAGACGUUGUGUCGCCGCCCUGUGGGACUCCCAAUCACGGCCGGAUGUGAUGCAGCCUGGAUUCGAAUCAGGGACGACAGAUCCAGCCCUUUCGACCUCUGCGCCACUCGGGAGCCCUGCUUCAGUGAUUUCAAUUCUACAUAUCCUCAGAGGGUAGAGGGAACCAGUCAAAACAGCUCAUCAAGUCUGUCAGUGAAUACUAGGCUGUGUGUGUAGAGGAUGGGAUAGGGGUGGUGUCGGGGUCGAUCGGGAUGUCAGACUUCUCCGAUGAGAUCUUGUUAAGUAUCCUGCGCUAUGUCUCGACCUCUGACCUCGUGAAUAACGUUUCCCGGACCUGCCGCAAGCUACACACGCUCUGCUAUGACAAGACACUGCUGACCACGGUCACACUGUCUGAAGAAUACACGGCAGAUGACGGCGCUAUUCGCCAGGUGCUGAAGCAUCUAUCCAAUCACGUGCAGUCCCUCAGCCUUAGCGGCUGCUAUUGGCUGUCGGGUUCUACCAUCGACCGCCUGAUUCGCUGUCGCUCCCUGGUGCGUCUGGACCUAUCAGGUUGUCGCGUCACCUCCCUGCGUCUGUCCCGCCUCCUCUCAUCCCUCCCCCUCCUCCGAUCUCUCGCUUUUGACGUAUCGCCUGGCUUUGAUUCCGCCCAGCUGAGUGGGGAGGCCCGUGAUUCGCUGUCUCGGCUGUCGGAGCUGAGACAGACGGUCCUGACGCCGAGUUACGGGGUCGUUCCCUGCUGCUCCAGCCUCUUCAGUCUGCAGCUGCAGCUGGACAUACUUGACGUCACCAGGGAGGGUACCAGUAUGUGUUGCCAGUUGAUGAUGGGUCAGAGCAGUGUUCCUCACUACCAACAGCUGGAGGAGUUUACUGCAUGUCUGGCACCUGGAGAGGUGAACCAGACUCUACUCCUCCUCUACCUCGCUGUGUUCAGUGUUCGUGUUCCGGAGCGUCUCCACUCCUUCCUGGUUUCAGUUCCUGGUCCGAACCCCGCCCACUGGCCUGCUGCGUCCUCAUUGGCCCAUAGCCUCGUUCAGCAUGGCGACCUGGAAGCCCUGCAGUUGCCUCGCUCCUGGUUGGACGCCACGUCGCUAGGACGGGUCCUUCUUAGCAACGCUCCCAAGCACUUGAACUUCUCCCGUUGCCCCACGUUACGACAAACUGUCAUCCAAUCGCUGACUGGCACUGGAGUGAGAGACUCGACGCGAUUGGUCAGCCUGAAUCUUAGUGGUAUAGGCCACACCUCCAAUUAUCCAGAGUGCAGUAGAGCGCGGGGAGAGGAGGAGCUUGUUGCCGAGGCGAUGAGCCGGCUGGUUAUUUGCUGUCCCAAUCUGUCACACCUCAACCUGUUACACACACACUAUCACCAUGACAACGCACACACACCUGGGCUGGAGGCCAACACACACCUGUGUACCAGCCUGUCCAAACUCACACACCUCCGGUCUCUGGCGCUGCCCGCGUGCGCCCUGUCGGACGGUUCACACACACCGUCCCCUUCCCCCUCCCCCUCCUCUCUGCUGCUGGGACUGAGGAAGCCGUCCCGCGUGGGGCUCCAGACCUACAGGCCAGGCUCCGGGGACUCUCUCCCCAGGGAGGGCACCUCUGGGCUGGGUCCCCUGCUGGCCGGAUGCCCCUGUCUGGAGGUUCUGGAGAUAACAGGACCGGGCUUCAUCUCCGCACUGCCGCGUCUUGAGCCCUGUGCCAGGGUGUGUGUGGAUCAGAGGACGUGUGUGAACGCUCGCGGGGUGGGGGACACGCACGUUGCAGCUCUCCGGGGGUUCCGGGGGCUGCGGAGGCUGACGCUGGCGGGGCUGCCGGGGGUCCUGAAGGGGACUGGGCUGGUACAGGUGGCUGAGCACUGCCGGGACCUUCAGGCAUUAUCUCUGGCUAACCUGGGGUCCUUAAAGACCUGGAACUACAGCGCCGCCCUGCUGGACACACUGAGGAACUGCACCCAGCUCACACAGCUACGGUUGGAGCAGCCCUACCUGGUGUGUAACGGUGCAUUCUGGGAGGCGUUGUCAUGCUGUUCUCGUCUCCGCCGCCUCUGUCUCAUCUCGCGGAACGGAACCUUCCACCCCGCUGCCGUGGUUACCUUCAUGGAGUGUUGCCGUGACGUCAUGAUGUGUCACAUGUUCUUGGGUGGAACUCUGGUGGCGUGUCGGACGCUACAGAAAACACUGCUAGACCGGUUCUCUGUGGAGCGUCCGGCCCUCAGUGUGGUCAUCUACCCUCUGCUCCAUGAAGACCUUCCAUUGGUCAUCAGAGACAUGCCCCUCCCACUGCUCGAUCAACUGACCCUCUUCCAAAGCCGCGUUGCCCAGGCCCCGCCCUCGUCACAAUUGGGACACCAGAGAGCAAAGAGGCAACUAGCCAAUCAGAGCCCCUCAUCACCAUGGUGAUGCCAGAGAGUGAAGAAGCAUCUAGCCAAUCACAGCCCCUCAGAUUAGAGGUCUUCACGGGUUCAAAAAGUUGGACCUGUUCCGAACUGGACCUGGGGCUGUCCCACCCGGACCCGAAGUGCAUCAAUUAUUCUGUUUAAUAUAGAGACUGAGGACAACUAGACCCGUUCCAUAUCGACAUGGUUGGAUCCAGACCCGAUCUGAGUGAGAAAAAAAAGAAAAGUCAUAUUUUUUAAACUACUUUAUUAAUCGAAGACGAUGAAGUGUGAGAGGGAGAGAGACGUGCCUCUAGCAGGGAGGGAGAGAGACGUGCCUCUAGCAGGGAGGGAGAGAGACGUGCCUCUAGCAGGGAGGGAGAGAGACG